AUGUCGACUGCUGGUAGCGUCUCCUACUCGACCGACGUGCAUGCGACGCCCGUGGUCCCGAGUCUUGUGGCUGCGACCAAGACGUCCGAGGGCAACUGGCACACGUCGAUGGGCCGUUCGAUCGUCUUGGACGCGGUCAAGACGCUCUACGAUGCGAUCCUACCUCUCGUUCGACGCAUUGCACCGGCCAUCGACCUCAUCAUUCACAACGACAUGGCCAUCUCGACCGGCUAG